UGCUGUGCCUCUUAGAAUUAUCUCGAACUAAGAAGACUUGGGACCCAUAACGGUUGGCGUGUCAGGCUGGGCUCAGGAAGGGCUGAGUCCCCGUGUUCUUCUUCGAUAUGCGUCUAGAGCCUUCUCGCACCCACCUCUGGAGCCUGGCUGCCUGUGACAGCAGAUGCUUUCGGCCACGGUUAGAAUUAGGGCUUAGGGGGAGCUGACAGCUUCCAAAGAGCUUUACGUGCGUUCUCAUUCAAUCUUCUCGACGACCCAAUGAAUCAGGAAAUCUUAAUACUCCCCUGUGACCACAGGGAGAGCCGAAGCGCAGAUAUGAACUGGCCAAAGAUCACCUAGCUAGCGGAGCUGGAAUUUGAACCAGAACUCGAGUUUUUAACAAUUGCGCGCACGUGGUCCUUCUGCCUCACUUAGCGACGCCUUUCUUCCGAGGCGGUCUUUAUUUCCAGCCGGUAAAUGCCUGUGGAGGACUUCUGGGGGCAACGGUUUGUGGUAGAACUGUGGAGAAAACCAGUCUAGGUAAGGUACAGUGACUGCCUCCGAAGGGUUUCAGACCUGCGUAUAGCGCACCGUGGUUGAAAGGCGACUGCAUACGCUUUCCUCCAAGGACCGUCUGUGAGGCGACACGACCUGUUACGACAGCAACAGAAAAAAAACAAAACAAAACUGGGUAAUGUCUUACACACCGCGGACGUUUAUUUCUCACUGAAGGUCCCAAGUGGUUGGUCCCUGUCGGCAGGGCUCUGUCCUCCAAGCAGGGAUUGAGGCUCCUCAUUGUUGGCCCGCGUCUUCCAAGGACUCUGUGCUCGUCUGCGUCACGGCACAGACGAGAAACAAGCAGGGACAGGGGUACUCGGGAGGUUUUACGGGCCCGGCACCUGCCUCUUCCUUUCGUAUUCUUUCGGCUAGAAUUUAUUCGCGGGACACACAUGACUGCAGGGGAAGCUGGGAAACGUCAGACUGCGCUUAGGAGGAAAGGGAGACUGGUUUGGUGGGGAGCCAGUCAGUCUCUGUCGUGGACCCGAGAGCCCUGUAUUAGAUGCCAGCGUAGGCAAUGCUGUUUCAUGCGAAUUUCUGGCCCGUCGGCCCACCCGGUCCUCUCCUCCAAGCUGAGACUGGCUCUUGUCCUCCAAGACCCCUAUUCACCGCUGUCCUCUGUGGGGUCACCGCUGUCCUCUGUGGGGUCACCCCUCUUCUCUGUGGGGUCACCGCUGUCCUCUGUGGGGUCACCCUUCUCCUCUGUGGGGUCACCCUUCUCCUCUGUGGGGUCACCCUUCUCCUCUGUGGGGUCAUCAUUCUCCUCUGUGGGGCCACCCCCCUUCUCUGUGGGGUCACCCCUCUCCUCUGUGGGGUCACCCCUCUUCUCUGUGGGGUCAUCCCUCUCCUCUGUGGGGUCACCCCUCUCCUCUGUGGGGUCACCCCUCUUCUCUGUGGGGGUCACCACUGUCCUCUGUGGGGUCACCCUUCUCCUCUGUGGGGUCACCCUUCUCCUCUGUGGGGUCACCCUUCUCCUCUGUGGGGUCAUCAUUCUCCUCUGUGGGGCCACCCCUCUCCUCUGUGGGGUCACCCCUCUUCUCUGUGGGGUCACCCCUCUCCUCUAUGGAGUCACCCCUCUCCUCUGUGGGGUCACCCCUCUUCUCUGUGGGGUCACCCCUCUCCUCUAUGGAGUCACCCCUCUCCUCUGUGGGGUUACCCCUCUCCUCUGUGGGUCACCCCUCUCCUCUGUGGGGUCACCCCCUUCUCGGUGGGGUCACCCCUCCUCUGUGGGGUCACCCUUCUCCUCUGUGGGGUCACCCCUCUCCUCUGUGGAGUCACCCCUCUCCUCUGUGGGGUCACCCCUCUCCUCUGUGGAGUCACCCCUCUUCUCUGUGGGGUCACCCCUCUCCUCUGUGGGGUCACCCCUCUCCUCUAUGGGGUCACCCCCUCCUCUGUGGGGUCACCCUUCUUCUCUGUGGGGUCAUCACUCUCCUCUGUGGGGUCACCCCUCUCCUCUGUGGGGUCACCCCUCUCCUCUGUGGGGUCACCCCCCUUCUCGGUGGGGUCACCCCUCUCCUCUGUGGGGUCAUCGCUCUCAUCUGUGGGGUCAUGGUUCUCUUCUAAGAUAAUAUUCCUCCUCUGGGCUCUGCUGCUGUUCCAGAUCCCGUCUCUCCUGGCAGAUGUCACGGGUCUCAGCUCCCAUGCUGCGGUGGCUGGGCUCCUGCAAUUCAGGUUUUGAGCACAUUUGUUGUUUCCAAGCAAUGUUGCUUUUCCCAAAAGGAGCCUUGUAACAUUGGGCUGUUUCAGUAGAGGCGUUCGGAUGUGAGUGGUCUGUCAGGAGGACCUGGGCUAGCCCUGGUGGGCCUGAGUGCUCACUGAGGGGCCUCUGUUGGCCGUGCCCACGGUCCCGUGGCUUGGGACUUUGACAGGGUCCAGGGAGAUGUUAUGGCAUGGGGCACCUUUUUCAUAGCUUACUAGGAAAUCCGUCUGUGGACCAUCCUAAUAGCUGACUUUGUUGUUGUUGUUGUUGAAUAUUCAGAUAUUCAAAAGGUAGAGAAUAACACCACAGAUACUCACGUACGCAAAUAAUCAUUCGAUGAGUAUGUUUUGUGCACCUGUUACACGCCAGGCUCUGGGACACAGCAGUGAACAAACAGAUAAAAGUCCCUCCUUGUGUGCAACAGAUGGCCAAUGGUGAAGGAAGACUAAGUGAAUGAACGAGUGAAUGAAUGAAAUAUCUAGCGUGUUAGAUGGCAGGGAGGGCUACAGAGAGAAAAUAAAUCAGAGAAAGGAUAGGAUGUGUUAUGGGCAGGAGGGCCGGAAACUGGGGAAGGCUUCACGGGGAGGGCAGUAUUUGAAUGAACAGCUGAAGCUGGUAAGUGAAUGAGCCUUGAGGAUGGCUGAAGGAGGAAAGUGCCGGACAGAGGGAAUAGCACGUGCAAAGGCCCUGGGGCUGGGCUGGAUAAGUACCCUGCAUUCUCUUCCCUGGCCUCGUGACUUUAUCUUCCCCAUCCAGAAGCACUUUCUGAGUUUUGCGUCUAUAUGUAUUUGCCCUUUUAUGCACGUAUAAAUAAGAACGUAAAAAAUAGGGGCGCCUGGGUGGCUCAGUUGGUUGAGCGUCCAACUCUCGAUCUCAGCUCAGGUCUUGAUCUCAGGGUUGUGAGUCCGAGCCCCACGUUGGGCUCUGUGCUGGGCAUAAAGCCUGCUUUAAAAAAAAAAAAAAAAAGAAUAUGAGACAUAGGUAGCACCUGUUCUACGUUGUGACCACAUAAGAAAAUAUAUAUAGCGCUGUUUUUGCGCUGUUUUAAAUUUCUCCGUAAAUGUGUCCUUCUCCAGCCUUCCCUCUGCACUCCACAUGAGAUUAAUCUGAUUGACAAGGCUGGGUCUCAUUCGUCUCUUUUCACUGCUGCAUAGUAUUCUCCAGUAUGAAUAUCCUACCAUGUAUUUAUCUAUUUGGGUUGCUUCCAGCUUUGGGCUAUUUUGAACCAAGCUGUCCCUUCAUUCUCGCCAGUGGAUUUCUCUAGGGUGUAUACCUGGGAGUGGAAUUGCUGAGUCGUGGACUCUGUGUAUCCUCAGCCUCACGAGGCAUUGGCAAAUGGCUCUGCAAAGUGGUUGUGCCAAUUUAUGCUUCCCUGGGGGCUGACUUUGGCUGGCAGGGGCUGGCUCGACCUUGCUGGCAGGGAAAAAGCCUUAAAAAUCCCUGGUGUUUCAUAACAUGGUUCUUGGAACAUCUAAAGAAGCUCACAUACCAUUGAGCGCCUAGUACGUCUCAGUAAGUGGUCAUUAAGUUGAGAGGCGGCUGUUUGAUAAGGUAGUUAGCCACUUGGGUGUGGGUCUUUGUGACAACAAGGUGACCUUUUUCCCCCCUAGUUUUUGCCAUCUGCUAAGACUCUAGAGGAGAAAUUCUUCAUCCGGACCGUCUUCGGACGGAUAGGCCCUAAGGAUGGAAGUCUGUAGUUGGAACUAAUGGGAUCGACGAGCCCUCUGAAAUCGCACGCAAGAAUUAUGUGUACGUGUAUAGUUUUCUGGCCUGUGGUUUUCAUUAGAUUCCCAGGGGGUCCUGCUCCUAACACCACCAGGAGCCACUAUUCUGUUCCUUUCUCACACCUUUCCUUUCCCUCUCUAGUUCCCCUGCCUUCCUCUCUCUUGCUCGUCUCUCUGUUGCUUCUCCAGCAGUCAGCCAUCCUUUCUUACUGUCUAGUGGUUCUGUCUCUCGCAAAUCAAGCACGCAGCUCAAAUUUCAUGACUUCAAAUUCCAAGGGGCUGUUUAGUCUCCUGUUGGGCUGUAAACAUGGAACAGAGAGUGGGGACUAAACACCCCGCAGACCCAGCUUUCUCUGCAAUGCCACGCCAGGCAAAUGCGGUACCCUCUUAGUUCCCCGUUCCAGGGGGGAGGGGACCCGAGUGCAUUAAUCUGACGCUGGGACAACAGUGGCUUUAAUGAGCACUUUCUGAUUAACUCAUUGUCUUCUCACAUUUCUAAGUAGACUGCAGCAUUAAAACACCAUUCAUUUUUCACGGAUUAAGAAGGUUUUUGCCUUCUUCUUGUGUAGUUUGGCAGAAAGUAUCUUCCCCGUGGAGUUUGGUCUGUUCUGUGGAGUUCAAGGCCCCAGAGACAUUCUAACUUUGUAAUUUUGUCAACCCCCAUUUGAAGUGUGCUUCUAUUGUAUUUGAAGGUCCAAUCAUUAAAUUGAAACUGUGCAAGAGGAAAAUUUCAGAAGCUUGGCUAGAUUUCUGAGAUGACAGAGCUUUUACUGUAACGCUCAAAUAUAUAUAGACAUCUAGGAGGUCAAGUGAUACAAGGGUGUGUGUUAACAAAAGAGACUUACCAGGGUAGGGAUGAAGACAAUUGUUUUUACGUUCACAGGCUUAGCACUGUACCUGGCAUAGAUGUUUAGCAAAAUAAAUGGCUGGCAAGUGGGAACACUUCUGAGAAUCAGAGGGUUCUGGGAAAUGCACUAAGCUGUUUAUGAAGCUGGGGGCCGUGGCAUUGAUAGUCAAACAGUCCAGGAAUCUAUGACAGAUACUCUGACAUCAGAUAAGGCAUGGGACAGAUGAGCUCUGGGUCCUUGCCAACCCUGACAUUUUUGACUCUGUAAAGAUGGGGGUUCUUUUCUGGAAGGUCCUAUGAACUGCCCCAGGCUUUGGGCAGUUUCACUGGGGAUCAAAAUUGAGAAAAAUACCCAAGUGCUCAGGGACCAUCAGGAAAGGACAUUGGCUUUGGUUUCAUAGCAUCACUGAAUUUGGGGACUCCAUGAACUCUGGCGGGUCCAAACCCUUUACUUCACUCAUAAGGGAGUUAAGACACCAAGAGGCUAAGUAAUUUGCCCAAAGUCACACUGAGAUGGUGGCAAAUCAGGAAACUUCCAGAAGCAGAAGGUAUGUUCAGGUCAAGGAGCCUAGAACCCCAGUUUGGGGGCAGUGGGAGUGGUGUAGAUGAUUAAUGUCACUCCUGAGGUUCUGCCAUCAGAGCUCUGCCUUUUUCCUCCUUCUGCCCCCGAGAGCCCAGCCUGUGGCCCUUUUCCAGAGAGACAGAAAGCGAGCCUCCAAAAAGUAAUCCUAGCUUCUCCUUAUACAGCUGAAGAAACUAGGGCCCAGAGGGGUCAAAAUGACUUGACCCAGACUCACACACCGCACACUGUCUUUCCUUUUUGAUUAAUGUAGCAAAUGCACGUUACCACUCUUUACUUUCUCCUCCUUCUCCCACCUCCUAUGUUGCUGUUCUGAGUUGCCUGAAAAUAAAAGCAGCAUUCUAAACACAACAACAGUAAGACACAAUCAGCACUCCCGAGACCAGCUAACCAACAGCUCCCAUAAAUACCAGCUGCGUUUUGUUUUAAUGUCCCCCUGCAUUAAUUUCUCCCCCAGUGGGUCAGUCACCCUUGGUAUCUGAAGGAGUCCCUCCUGUGGCACAAGUGCUUUUUAUCACUCGGAGUUUUAGCAACGAGAGAGCGUUGAUCUUUUUUAUUGUUCAAAGCAUUUGGUCGUCGUGGUAUUUGCUGAACCAGUGUUCCCCCGGGAACAGCCUCACGUCCUAGCGGUGGGAGCUAGUUUCUCCGUCUUAUAAUAAUAGUGACAGAGAUAGUAACGACGCGGGCUGCCAUGAUUAAGCACUUACUAUGUGCUCUCACUGUAGUAACAAUUUUAUGUGCGUUACCACAUUUCAGUUCCACGAGCCUUUUUUUAGAGAUGAACCUGAGGCUCAGAGAGGUUCAGCUGUUUGCAAGGGGUCCCACAGCUAGUAGAGGGUAGGUGGGAUCUCAACCACUCUGCUGAGACAGUGCCCUAAGACUAGGAUGACCCUCGCCCAAGUUAAGUUCAAAGAGCUAUAUACAGCCCAGUAUCCUUAUGAACAUAAUACCUGUUGUUAAUAGCAACGGCAACAUUGACAAAUUAGAACUUAGAAGGCACUUACAACAUGAUACACUGUACUUACAUAUAUGCUCCGUUAAUCCUUACAACCCUCUGAAUGAAGUAUCAUUAUUACCCCCAACUUUGCAGAUGAAGAAACUAAGGCUCCAAGAGAUUAAACACCUCGCCCAGUUCACCCACCUCGAAAGUGGUAGAUCCGAGAUUUGAACUCAGGUGGGUCUGGAACCAGGAUUCAUCUUCUCGAGUCCUACAUUGUUUCUUUAAAGUCAGGUUUUCCAGGGAAGUCAGGAACAUCUUUGCUUUUCUUCCCCAUCUUGGACUCCACUGUAGCAAGGGAAAAAAAAAUGGGCAAAAGAGGUUUCCGGAAAUGGGAGACUGGCAUAGGCUAAUGGUUAAGCCCUGGGCUUCAGAGUCGGAGGGAUCUCUGUGAUGAGAUGAUGAACUCGAGGAUGUGCGUGGAUCUCUCUAAACCUCAGUUUUCUCACCUGGAAAGAGGGGGAGUAGUGAUAGGGUCUGCCUUCUUGGGCUGUGGUAGGGCUUGGAGAAGGCAACAUUGUGACAGAUACCGUGAACUGAGCCCCUGGACCGUUCCAUGGUCUCCAUAAAUGGGAGUUGAUUAACUGAAGGGAGAAAAUUAAAACCAAUUCCUCUGGAGGUGUGUGGUAAAUACUGGAAACGCCCCACUCCUUAUUCGUCCCACUCACCUCCAAGUGUACCCGUGGUGGUCGGGUCCUGGGCAAGCUCACUUCUUUGUACCUCCAAGGGCAAGCUCACCUCCAACACGUGUUGUACCUCCAACACGCCCAUCUUUCUACGUCUCUGUUGGAGGGUCCCCUCCAGCACCACAGGAGUUUGUUGGGUCCACGUGACAGACGUCUAACACCCCCCCAGGAGCAGUCCGUAACCAGCGAGAGAGGGAGUCAGCGUAUAAAUAUCCUGGCUUCUCCAUUGCUCAGUGAGAAGACUCGGAGGUGUUCUACAACCUCUCAAACGGCCCUCCACAGGAUUGAAUCGUAGUGGCUCACAGUGACAGCCAUUCAUCAGUGCCCCCUUUGCUGACUUCUUGCUUUCUAGUUCAUCCCUUGUAAUUCCGUGGAUCAUCUGCCCAAAGUCCUUGUCUUGAAGCAGUAGUUUGAAGCCUUAGCGAGUAAGAGAUUUCAGCACCCUGGACAGCGCACCGACCUGCUAAAGGAGGCAUCUUUGGAGGCCGCCCAGAGAAUUUCAGGACAGAAACUCUGGCAUCAGGAACAGAGGCAGGGAGGAAGCCUAAGACUCUCAAAGUCCAGCACUGGCCGGUGCUGAAUCCCAAGGAUGUUAAGUAGAACCAUUAUAAGAUUGGGUGGACAGGAGGGAUCAGCCUGAGAGGUCUUUGUCGACUGGACUGAUGGGUUUUGAUCCACAGGAAAUAGCCCUGGAUGUUUCCAAAGCGGAAACCGGAAACCACAAAGUGUGUAGCAGAAUUGCAUCUUAUGCGAAUCUGACUUUACACAAAAUCAUUGUUAUGUAAUUGGCACACAUCUAAAAAGAAACCGGGUGAAUACAAUAACGAAAGAGUGAGGUCAUUUCUUUUUUUUUCUUUUACCACUAAAAUUCUUUUGUUAUAAAAUAAAAUCAGCAAACCGCCGUAACGCAAGUUAAUUGUAAAACACUCUCGUAACCACCGUUCGCCUCAAGAAAUAGACCUUCGGCCACCCGGAAGUUUCCAUGUGUCCCGUCCCCGUGACGGCCAAGAGUGAGGUCAUUUCUACCUGCUUGCAUGUAGCGAGUUUUUCCCAAGGAAUGAGCAUGAUACGUGUUCUUCCUAGAACCCAGUAUAUCAGUUAGGAUUGCUUUUCUCUUCAAAUAACAGAAGAGACAUCUAGAAGGGGCUUUAAUAUUAAGUAGACGUUUUUGUUACCUGACAGAAAUAUCCACAAACCUGUGGACCGGGAUUCGUUGAGUGGCUCAGGGAUGUCCUUCCACCUUCCUGGGUGAGUCGAAUUUUGACCUCAUGAUUUCUUGCCCCAGGGUGGCAAAGUGGCUGCCACAUCGCCUCCUCUCAAAGCUUCAUUCAAAGGCAGGAAAGUAAUGACUGGGAGAGAAAACUCUCACUGGAGGGUUCUUCUUCAUCUAGGAGAAACAAGUCUUGGCCAGAAGUUCCCAGCAGACCUCCCUCUGCGUCCGAUUGGCUAUUCUUGGGUCGCGUGACCACUUCCGGCUUCCUGGCAGGCCCGAAACAUGAGCGUCCGGCAUUUUUGCCACUUUAUAGGAGGCUAGUUCUGCUUGUAGCAAAGAUGAGAGAGGGAAGUGGCUGUUGGGACAGUUAGCAGUAUCUGUCACAUGUAACAUACCCUUCACAUUCUUUUAUGUCACAUAUUACCGUACACAUCAUAACAUGCUUAUUACCGUCCAGACUUAAAUAUACAAAGCUACGUAUGUUGUACUUUAUGGAUGAUUUGAAGGUUUGUCAAGGGUAUUUUUGGUAUAUGCAGUUUUUCCUCUGUGCACUGACUUCGGAACCAGAACUUAACUGUCCCAGGUAAGAUAGGACAUCCCUUUGAGGAUGUGGGUUCAAAUCCUGGCUCUCCCUCUCAGAGAAUGGGUGACUUUGGGCAAAUGGUUUACUCAUCUGUUACAUAAGGCUCAGAUUAGGACUUCCCUCAUCGGGUUGAGGUAAAGAUUAGAUGGAUAAUUCUUUGCACAUAGUAGGGGCUCAAUAAAAUAUAGUCAAGAGGGGGGAGAGGGGGAGGCGGCUUCCUGUGAUGGAGUAGGGCCUACAGUGGAGAUGAUUCCAUGUCUGGGAUGAUUUGGGAUGUCAAGGGAAAUAGGAAGGAAAGGAUGGACUUAAGGGCUCCUUCUCAGAAAAAAAGAACAUUCCAGAACAAAAUAACCAACUGAUUAUUGAUGAGCAUAGUGGUAGUGCCAUUGCAGGGGCACAGGGCGCUUCUAGUGAGAACUUAUUUCAGACACGCGGAGGUCGCUGCAAGACAUCGAAGUGGAAAUGUCACUUAGAUAGAUGUAGAUAUGGUUAGAGCUUGACGGGCCUGUCGGAGAAGGCUGGAAAGUGCCUGAGCUCUGUAGGUGUGGUGGUGUAAUGGACAGGGACACAGGGUCAGGGAAGCACCCACACUUUGGGGCCAGAGGGAGGAAGAAGAUCAGGGAAGGAAACGAUGCAGUGGGCAGGUGGUUAGGAAGAGAGACGAGCCACCGUCAGCCACGUGAGUUGCAGCUCAAGAGUGGAGAACGCCUUCGGGGCUUUGUAAUUCAGAGGAAAAGAGGGACUUUUUUUUUAAUUAUUUUUUUUAACGUUUAUUUAGAGACUGAGAGAGACAGAGCAUGAACGGGGGGAGGGCCAGAG